UAUAAUGUUGUAAGAUCAUUUACAGAGUACAAAAAUGAAUUGUUUUGCAAUAAGCCUUAUGAGCAUGGAACAGCGAAAUCUUAUGUUGAUGAUUGUAAUGAAUUUGAAAGCUCAGAUUUAGAAUCGUCUACAUGUAAAUCUGUUUCUGCAUGCAAUGCAGUUUAUAAUUUUUUAAGUCAUUUACAUCGAACAAAUGAUCCUUCUUAUGCUGAAAAUGGAUUCAAAUAUAUGUACUAUUGGUUAUAUGUUGAUGUACUUGAUAGUAAGCUAAAUCAUUUCAAUACGAUUACAUUAUAUAAGGAUCUGAUUGAUAAAUAUGAAGAUCUUAAUGAUACUCCCAUAUUUAAAAAAUGUAUAAAUCAAUUAAACGAAAAAAAUUCCGAUAAUCUUAUAAAAGUUUUUACUUUAUAUAAUAAUUUUAAUAAAGUUAAAGAAGAUUAUACAUUUGAUAAAGACAAAUGUGACUCUGCUAAAAAAUGCGCUACUACAUAUAAAGAUUACAUAGAUGAAUGUCAUAAAAGUUAUGACAAAGAUUUUUGUGAUGAAUUAGAAAACUUUCGAGUAAAAUUUAAUAAUCAUCUUACAUCAAUAAAAAAUUGCGGUGACUUAAAAGAAUUACCAUCCUUCCAAGAGUCUUCACUAGCUACAACCACUUUACUCCCAGUUUAUGUAAUGUCGGCAAUAUCUUUUUUUUCAUUUAUUGCGUAUAAGGUGAGAAAAUUUUCUGUAAAAAGUGAUAACAAUGAUUUACAAUUUUUGGCAUACCUAUAA